AUGAACAAUUUAUUGCACGAUAUCACAGAUACCGAGAACAAUAGCAAUAGCAAUAGCAAUAGCAAUAGCAACAACAAAACAAGAAAGAAAAGGAAACUAACUCAAGAUGAAAUAAAUAAACCAAUCUUAGCAAAUUAUAAAAAAUUAGCCACACAAAGGAAAAUUCAAAGACAAUUAAUCAAUAAAGUGAAAAUUUAUCAUGAAAAAAAUUUAAAUUGUAAUUGGGAAAUAUUAAAAUUGAAAACAAAAAUAUUACCUGAUUUAAAAUAUCAAAUCUCCAAAAGAAAAGGAAUGAAAACUAAGAUUUUAAAUGAUAUUUCAAAUUUGAAUGAUUCUUUACUCUCAAGAGAUCAAAUUAUAACAGAUCUCACUUCCAUGGAACCAUCAAUAAUUUCACAAUUACAAUCACAAUUCCAACAAGAAAUUUCAAACCUUAAAAAGAUUCAUGAUGAAAAAUUUAAUACAAGAUCAAUGGUAUUACAAUUGGAAUUGAAUCAAUUGGAAAAAAUGAAACCAAAAGAAGAACUCUUAAAAGAAAUUGCACAUUUAGAUGAAAAAUUGAUUCAAUUACAAGAUCAAAUUAUUGGAUUAACCAUGGAAAAUGAAAAUAAAUGUAACCAAUAUAAUUCAACUUUACAAAAGAAUUUCAAUAAAUUUAAAUUGGAAAAUAAUUCAAUCGAUGAUAUCAUGGUUAAGCAAAGAAACUUAACUGCACAAAAAUCAACAUUAUUAAACCAUGAAUCAAAAUUAUUAAAUGAAAUUCAAUUAAAUGAAACCGAAAUAAAUCAAUAUAAAUUACAAAUAAUGGUAAUUGAAGAUGAUUUAAAACGAAUAAAUGAAAAAUCAAAACCAUUAAAAGAUUCCCUCAAUAAUAAAUUAUCAUAUUUACAUGAAUUACAAACACAGAUUGAUAAACUUCAAACUAUUGCAACAAAUAAAGAAUUGAAAUUUAAUAAUGAUUUCAACUUAAUGGAAUUACAAUCCCUUAGAAGGAAAAAAUUAGAAAAUUCAAUAGAUGAAUUGAAAGGUUUCAUUAGAACAUUCGCAUACAUUGAUUCAUCUGCAUCUGCAUCUACAUCUGCAUCUUCGUCUGUACCUUCACCUUCCCAUUGGAAAAUAGAUUAUCAUGAUAAUUUAGUUCAUAAUGAUUUGGAAAAUAUAUCAUAUCCAUUCACAAGAUUAAUAUUACCUCAUAAUAUGGCAACUACAAACAUAAACGAUAAUAACAAUGACAAUUGUAUAGAGAAAACUUUUAUCCAAAAUGAAUUCCAAAUAUUUAUUGAUAUGUGUUUGAAUCAAUUAGAAAACUUUAAUUUAUUUUCAAUUUCAAUUAAUCCAUGGACAAGAUUGCGUGACAACGUAUUAUAUCAUUACCAUUCACUAAUCAACAAUAAAAACAACAUCAAUAAAAACGCAACAAGUGAAAACAUGUUUAUCAAAUUUCAAUGCGCAUAUUUAUCUGAUACUUUACCAUCAAUAGAUUAUCUAACAAUCUCAAACACAACAACAGCUUCACCCACAACACGAACAAAUGAACCAGGAAUCAAUUUAAGAUUUGAACAAAAUGAAAAUAAUGAAAAAUUAAUUGAAAUCGAUUCCAAAAUAAUCUCAUUAAAUAGUAAAAAAAUUGAAUUCAUUGACACUCUUUUAUUAAAUUUAAAAUUAAAUGAUACAAAAUUAGUACAUGGAUUAAAUAUUUUCAAAUUCACGAUUAAGAAAACCGGAUCAAUAAAUCCUCCUCCUAACAACAAUAACAAUACUAAUAUUCUUGAGAAAAGUUUUUACUUUAUUGAAACAAAUAAUUCACAAAUGCUUAAAAACUUUCAUAAUCAUACGAAAGAAAAAAUAAGUUACAAGGCGUCGAUUUACUUUUCAAACAAUUGUUUGCAUGGAAUAAAUCAUUCUGCAUUUUUAAAUUAA